AUGCGAGUACGCGACCUUCGACCUUUCCUUUCCUGCGUGUGCGGCGUGGGCGCAUGGCGCGUGGCGGGGCCUGGCGGCGAUGCGGCGUCCACUUCCAGCAGAGCAGAGCGACAGAGCGGGCGGCAAAUCACACCUCACAAGGGCCCUAAUCUCACCUCUUACGUGAUCCGAUCCCUGAUUCCCUAUGCAACAAUCGGCAGUUCCAGCCGAGGAGGCAGGUGCCCGGCAGUAUCAACCAGCAAGCAGAAGGGCACCGGGAAAGAAAGCAGAUUUACUUCAUUCUCAUACUGUCAGAUUUCAAAUAUGUUAGAUGAGAACACAGAAUUGUGCCCUCCUGACACAUCAAAAGGCUUGUUGCGGAAAGUCCUACGCGUGAUAGAACAAAUCAAAAGCUUAAAUAUCAGCCACCCAAAUAUUGAAGCACGUGAGUUAGGGGCAGAUGAUCUUCAGGUAGCUGUCGCCGAUUACAUGAAUAUGGGAGGGGCAGCAAAGGUUUCCCAGCAUGUCACCUUUACAAGACAGCCUGCACCAAAACAGUGGCAUAAAAAGAUGAAGGCCCUCUUCCUUAGUAAGAGUUCAAGCUACACGUGUCGUGCAGUGAUCACUGGUGACCCAUACAUUGGCCUUGAUGUGGUAGGGGUGCCUGAUGAAAUAGCGAGAAGAAUGUCAGUACAAGAAUGUGUCACAAACUACAACAUUGCUCGGCUGCAAGACAUGAUGGAUAAAGGACUAUUAUGCCUGACAUACAUCGAUCUGAAUACCAAUACAUAUGACUUGGAUGGGAAGAAAGGAAACAAGAAGUGCAUCAUGCUGAGGGUUGGUGAAACUGUAGACCGAAGAGUCCUUGACGGGGAUCUCGUCUUCCUCAAUAGACCACCAAGCACUGACAUGCACUCAAUUCAAGCUUUAUAUGUCCAUGUCCAUGAUGACCACGCUAUAAAGAUCAACCCGCUCAUCUGUGGCCCACUUGGAGAAGAUUUUGAUGGCGAUUGUGUUCACAUCUUCUUCCCAAGAUCAGUUCCAGCAAGGGUUGAAGCUGCAGAGCUCUUCACUGUGGAGAAACAACUGCUGAACUCCCACAAUGCGAAGCUGAACUUUCAGAUCAAGAAUGACUACCUACUAGCUCUGAAGAUAAUGUGUGACAGAUCGUAUUCUAGAGAAAAGGCAAACCAAAUUGCCAUGUUCUCGUCAGGGAUGAUUCCACCGCGCAAUUGUUGGACUAUUUGCGAUCGUUGGACUAUUCCUCACAUUCUACAGACUACCGAUGCAUUAAGAAUCGUACCAAGCCACCCGAACACUGUUGGAGCCUCAGUUACUGCCAUCAUCUCAUCAACUCUUUCAGAAAAGGGUCCAAGGGAGGCCAUAAAGCUCAUAAAUCUUCUGCAGCCCCUCAUAAUGGAAUCACUGCUUAUGGAUGGUUUCAGCAUAAGCUUGAAAGAUCUUGAUGGCCAGAGUGCAAUGCAGAAGGCAAAUCAAAGUAUUUCUCUUGAGAUCGAUGAGUUCAGCAAGUCAACUGUGGACUUCAUUGCUAAUUCCUCUGCCCUUGGUCUGCUCGUUGAUCCAAAAAAUGAUUCAGCUCUGAAGAAAUUAGUUGAGCAGAUUGGUUUCUUGGGCCGUCAACUGCAAAACACUGAUAGGUUAUACUCUAGCAACUUAGUGCAGGACAGCUAUAACUUUCUGGAAAAGUGCAGCGGAAGCACCAAGUGUUAUGAACCACCAAAGGGACAUGAUUUUGUUACGAGUUCAUUUUACAAUGGUUUAAACCCAUAUGAGGAACUACUACACUCAAUAUCAGUAAGGGAAAAGAUAGAGCGCUCAUCAUCUAAAGGACUGGCUGAACCUGGCAAUCUUUUUAAGAACAUGAUGGCAAUGCUCCGAGAUGUCACAGAAGUACUUCUUACCGAUGCUUGCUCUAAAACUGGUACCAUUGACCAAAAGGCAAUUUUGUAUCUGAACAAAUGCUUUUGUGGACUCAAGUUUUGUACGGAAAUAGCAGCACACAGGGUGCAAUCCUGCUUAAAAAGAAUCAAAUUGGAGUAUUGUGCCACUGAGAUUUCCAUCAAGUACCAGCAAGAAGCAACUCAAGCAGCACAAUGCCUUGUUGGUCACAUUCACCUAGAUAAGGAGCAAUUGAAUCGGAUGGAAAUAACUAUGGGAAAUAUUCUUCAAACAUGCCAAAAAAAUAUCAAUAAACAUGUAACGAAAAAUAGGCAGCUGAUGCAAAUUUUGAAGACAACUGAAAUAAUUUCAAGUGAAUGCUGCUUGUGUGGCCAGGAUAUAGGUGAUGAGCGAGCCUUGCAAGUUUCCUGCUUGCAGUGUUACAUCCAUGCAAGCACCACCACAGCGCAAUCUGAAUCUAAUGUUAUCCAGAUGAUGACCAAUACAAUUUUUCCUAUACUAUUGGACACGGUUAUAAAAGGUGAUCCUCGAGUCCAGGAGGCUAAGUUGAUAUGGGUUGAACCAGAAUUAACACGUUGGGUCAAGAACUCCAGUGCAGAGCAAAAAGGAGAACUGGCACUGGAAAUCGCAGUGGAAAAGAUAGCGGCUGCAGAGAGCGGUGGCACCUGGGGAGUAGUAAUGGAUGCAUGUGUCCCUGUGAUGGAUCUAAUUGACACCACCAGGUCUGCACCUUGCAAUAUCCAAGAAGUUCAAAAGGUGUUUAGUAUUUCCUGCGUCUUUGAUCGAGUCGUGCAGCACCUUUCCAAGGCUAUUGGGAUGGUUACAAAAUCAGUUCUCAUGGAGCACCUGAUAACCGUGGCAAGCAGCAUGACCUGCACAGGUAGCUUGCAUGGCUUCAAUAGAUCUGGUUCCAAGGCCACAUUCCAGUCCCUGAAGGUUCAGGUGCCAUUUACUGAAGCUACACUGUCUAGACCAAUGCAAUGUUUCCGGAAGAGUGCAGAGAAGGUAGACUCUGAUCAGCUGGCUAGUGUUGUGUCAACCUGCUCUUGGGGUAAUCACACAGCAAUCGGGACUGGCUCAGCUUUCAAAAUCCACUGGAACGAUGAGAACCAGCUUCCAGAGGACGAAGUUCAAGAGGAUGAGGUGGUAUGUUUUGGUGGAACUAGUCCAAUAUCAUGGACAGACAAGCCAAAAGGUGAUUCCCUGCUGCAUGAUUUUAUGGGUAGGGCUGGAAUGUGCAGCACUGUACAGGAACACCAGGGAAUGCAAAAUAAGAUAAAAUGGAACUCAGUUGCAAACUGGAAAAAUGAUAAGCCAAUGGGUCCUCCCCGUACAGCUUUUGCAGAAUCAACUAGCACCAGAGGACAGAACAAGAGACAGUUUACUGGCCAAGUAUAUGCUCGAAAGCAACCAAAGCAUAGCUGGAGCCAAGCUGCGACACACCAAAAUAACAAGCUAAGUUGGUGUAGAGAAAAUGUUGCAGGCGCACAGGACUUUGCCAAUGCAGAAUCAUCUAGCUCAGGUGGAUGGAACAGGAAGAAUAGUGGUUUUGGUCGAGGUGGUCGUAGAGGUGGCGGUAGAGGCAUGUGGAAAUUAGAGGGACCACACCGUGGAGGCAGUAACAGCAGGAACUGGAGAGCCCAGAAUAACAACAAUGCUAGACCAGGAAGGAUCAGUUACAGUUUCACACCAGUGGAGCAGCAAAUAUACACACAAAUUGAACCAAUCAUUAAGAAUGUAAAAAGGAUCAUCCGUGAAUCAAGAGAUGGCAUGAAGCUUUCUCAAGAUGAUGAGAUGUUCGUGGUGAACGAGAUUCUGAUGUACCACCCAGAGGAGAAGAAGAUGGCCGGUCAGGGCAACUACAUUAUGGUCGAUAAGCAUCAAACUUUCCCUAGCAGCAGAUGCUUGUACGUUGCGUCCUCAGAAAGAUCGAGAUCAGAUUUCUCUUACAAGAAGUGCCUAGAGAAUUUCAUCAGGAUCCACUACCCACAUGCUACGGAUUCGUUCUGCAGAAAGUACUUCAAAUGA